GAAAGUACAAUCCAUCAGAUGAAGAUAAUUCGAGGUCGGAAGAGAGGAAUUUACCACUUUAAACAGAAUAGUCUAGCCGAAAUGUGGAAUAGUUUCGUAGGUCCUGAGAAAAAGAAAAGCACGAUUCGCCAAGAAUCCGUGGAUUUCUCUUCAUACGAUACUCUCUUUUUAACCGACUAUGAUAAUUUCUUCAUCGUGAUAUUCAAAUCCCACGCAGGUUGGAAUGGUUAUGUGAAAGCAAGAACUCCUCAGAUUACUUCUAAUCAACUUCGAUUAAUCUCAGAAGUUCUUAAUGAAAACGGACUUGAAUCUUCAGUAAUGACCUUGAAAAAUGUAUGCCUGCGUAUGGAUAAUGAUUUCAUUGAUCCUGCAGCUGUUAUUCUCGUGUAAAUUUGAAACUUCUUGUUUCAACUAUAAAAACUGUCAAUUGAAUGCACUUGUAUGCAUGUAUACAGAAAAUACUACACAGAAAAUAAAUAUCUAGACUUCACCAUUGUUACCCACUAUUGGCAACACUUCGCCAUAUGGUCUAACUGUCAUCACGAGAGACAGUGAAUUAGGUAUUUUAUUUUUUUGGGUAUCACAAUGUGUGGAAGCCGCACAUUUACGUUUUCGGCCAAUAUAGCAUUGUGCAUACAUCUGUUUCCAACAUAUAUAUUUGUCAAUGUAUCCAUAUAUAUAU